GGCGGCGGCGGCGGGGCCGUGUGCGUGGCGGAGGGCGGGAAGGGGGUGCGGGAGGGAGCGCGGCCGCCCCCGCCGCGGGGCCGCAGCCGCCGUGAGGCGGCGGGCGGAGAUGAACGCCUCGGGGCGGCUGCCGGCGGGGGGCGAGGAGGAGCCCCCCGGCACCGCGCUGCUGCCGCUGGGCGGGAACGGCAGCGCGGGCGGCGGCCCCGGGGAGCUGAGGGAGGCGGGCACCCACCCCGCCACCCUGGCGGCCUGCGCCUCCCUCCUGGCCCUUGUCUUCUGCCUGGGCUCCUACGGCAACCUCAUCGUCCUCCUCUCCUUCUUCGACCCUGCUCUCAGGAAAUUCAGGACCAACUUCGACUUCAUGAUCCUCAACCUCUCCUUCUGUGACCUCUUCAUCUGUGGGGUGGCCGCCCCCAUGUUUGCCUUCGUCCUCUUCUUUGACUCGUCUCGAGGCGUCCCGGGCGCCUUCUGCUUCACCUUCCACCUCACUAGCUCCGGCUUCAUCAUCAUGUCGCUCAAGACGGUGGCGGUCAUUGCCCUGCACCGGCUGCGCAUGGUGCUGGGGAAGCAGCCGCACCGCAUGGCCUCCUUCCCCUGCACCCUUCUCCUCACCCUGCUGCUGUGGGCCACCAGCUUCACCCUGGCCACCCUGGCCACCCUGAAAACCCGCGGCUCCCGCCUCUGCCUGCCCAUGUCCAGCUUUGCCAGUGGCGAGGGGAAGAUCAUCCUCUAUCUCUACGUCACCGACUUCAUCUGCUGCGUGGCCGUGGUGUCCGUCUCCUACGUCAUGAUCGCCCAGGCCCUGCGGAGGAACGCCCAGGCAAGGAAAUGCCCACCCGUGGUGGCCGUGGACACCUCCAGACCGCAGCCCUUUGUGGGGCCUCCGGCCGCCGGGGCCGGGGAGGGCAUGCAGAGCGCCAUGCCCGCCUUGUACAGGAACCAGAGCUACAGCAAACCGCAGCACAUCCAGACGCACGGCUAUGCCAAGCACCUUGGCCAGCUGCCGGCCACUGCUGCCGGCCGGCUCCAACUGGUGUCGGCGGUCAACCUGUCCACAGCCAAAGACUCCAGGGCAGUAGUGACAUGCGUCAUCAUUGUGCUCUCCGUCUUGGUUUGCUGCCUGCCCCUGGGUAUCUCUUUGGUGCAGGACAUACUGUCCAGCAGUGGUGGCUUUGUUCUCUACCAGUUUGAGCUGUGUGGAUUUACUCUCAUUUUUUUCAAAUCUGGAUUAAAUCCUUUUAUAUAUUCCCGUAACAGUGCCGGACUUCGGAGACGAGUCCUCUGGUGCCUGCAGUACAUUGCCCUUGUCUUUUUCUGUUGCAAGCAGAAGACAAGGCUUCGGGCCAUGGGCAAAGGCAGCCUGGAAGUCAACAGGAACAAGUCAUCCCACCACGAGACCAAUUCAGCAUACAUGUUGUCUCCAAAACCCCAGAAAAAGUUUGUGGACCAAGCCUGUGGUCCUAGUCACUCCAAGGAAAGCGUGCUGAGUCCCAAGGCUUCUGUCGGGCCUCAGCACUAUGCACAGAGCAGCUCAACCCCCAUGAACACCCGAAUUGAGCCCUAUUACAGUAUCUAUAACAGCAGCCCUUCCCCGGAAGUGAGCACCCCAAACAGCUUACAGCCAGUGAACUCGACUUUCGGGUUCACCAAAUCCUACAUUGCCAUGCAUUAUCACACCACCAAUGACUUGGUGCGAGACUAUGACAGUGCUUCGACUAAGCAGAUACCGGUGCCCUCGGUGUGACCCUAGGAAGGAGUUCUGAUCUAGCUGAUUCAGUGGGUCCCCUCAUUUGCUUUUGCUAACGGUUAGUCUGAAAUCUGUGAUGCAGUGCUGCUGCCAAUUAAGAAGAAUGCCACUGAUGUUAAUACUCAGCUAUUUGCAUUUGAGGUGAAUACUGGGAUAUUACUUCCAUGACGCUUUCCUGAAUUUCUGUGGCAAGUCAAAAAUGGCAGUAUUCUAGAUUUGUAUUUGGGAUUGUUAAGUGGGGGUGGUUUUGUUACUAAUUUUUACUGCUGGACAAGUAAAAAAAAAAGUAACCACCGUAACUAUGUCAUUUACUAUGUUGCGAGGCAGAAUAUGUCAGAGAACAGUCUGAGGCUGUGCCAGAAGCAUUGCCUGUUAAACUGCAUGCUUGCUGUAUUUUCAAGAAGGAAGAAUUGGGAGGAUGCUUGGUAUUACAAUACUUAAGUUUAAACUCUUCCCAUCACAGCAGGUUGAAAGAAUUGGUGGUAUUUUUGUGGUAGCGUCAGUAAUAACAAAAGUCCUUCCUAUUCGCAGGUUGAAAUCCUGGUUUUGUUGAGAUAAAUGGCAAAAUUUCCACGAACUUCAGCUGAAGUUUAGGAUUUCAGCCUUAGCUUCCUAAAGCAGGACAAUGCAUUUUACAAACAGUGUUAUGUUGCUGCUGGUGAAGGACUUCUGAGAAGUGUUGUGGCUCUGUAAUAAACCUCUGAAGUAUAUGCAUAUAUUAAUUUCCACCAUAUGUUUAUUUUAAGGAUGGGUGGUGUUAUGUAUCCCAAAAUAAUGUAUUUGGAGAAGUAUUUUACGUCUGAUAGAAAUAACUGCAAUACCUAGUUAUAGGUUUUACUGGAGGAUGAAGGUGACUAUUGUAAUAUUACAGUAGGGAUACACUAUUAGUAACGCGGUCACCUCUGGAAUUUUCUAAUUGGUAAGCUGUUACUCAAAGGCUGCUUGCUUUUGUCUAUGGCUUUGUAUAAAAGCGGGGAUUGGGGGCAUUCGGUGUGAUAUCCCUGACAGGUAGAACUGACAGCUAUUAACAUUUUUAAAAAUAGAAUGACCAUGUAACAAGAUGACUACAUUUUUUGAGGUUUUCGUAAGAAGUCUAACAUCAGCUUGAUGUAAAGAUUAAUAACCUGUCUACUUGUAAACUUCAUCUGUUGGUCUACACAGUGAGCAAAUAAGUUAAAUUUUUUUUUUUAUAAAUCCGACCAUUUGUGUUGUGUCACGUGUUGUGGGAAUUCCUUAUGAAACGAGAUGAUUCGGAGGCGUUUAAAUUCCUGACAAUUAUCACUGUAAGUAGCCAGAUCUUUUCAAAACAAGCAAUCACCUUUCAACUUCUAUGGACUUGAGCAGAGCCUUAGGAUCUCCGAAAUAAUCGUGCCACAGACUCUUGGUGCCUCAUUAUAGGAAAAUACCGCAUCUUUAGCAAAAUUACAGUGAUGGAAAGGUGGUUUGUUAUUUUAGAAACAAAAAAGCAUUUACAUCAUUGUUGUGCGUGAGUUGUUGGUUUAGGCUAUUUGUUAACUAAACUAUUUUCAAGAUUUUCCUGGAAGACUAUUACAUUAUGAACACUCUCCUCUGUUUAACGCUCUGAAUUUUAAUUAAUUUUGAAUAAUUCGAGACAGCUUUCUUGCAAUAAAAUGGAUGUGAACAACUUUCUAAUACAAA